UAGUGUUGUCAUUCAACAAACGUCAACUUCAAAAUUUCAAAACAUGCCACAAGAACAUCACGUUUUGCAGUGUUUCAAGUGUGACACGUUCCAGGUUGACAUUGUGAAAAAGUCGCCCAAGUGGAGUUGCAAAAUGUGCGGAGAGAAGCAAUGUGUCAAGGAGGUCUAUGCUAAAGCUUCGGCGAAAGACUGCCGGGUAAUUGUGCAAUCUCUUAACCAGCAAAGAUUAACACAACCAGAGUUUAAACAAAGAGUUGACCCCCUUGGUGAAAAUGUUGAGGACUCUGCUAAUUACAGCGAGGGCAAUAUAUUUCAAGGUGAACAAUAAAUCAAGCUGUUUGGUAUAUUAUGUUUUAUUUGUCCUCCUUGUUACACAUGUGUUUGGAAUUGAGAUAAUUGUACCAAGCAGGUUGUAAUAAUACAAGAAUUAUAUACAAAAUGAAUGGACUAGACGGAAAUACAUGUCAAGAAUGGACAAAAGUUAUUGCCCUUUGUUUCACUUUGAUAGAAAUUCAGGAGAUAUUGCUACUUUUGUUUAGUGGAAGUAUUGCAGGUCCCUAACAUUACCUUACUAUAUCUUUACACAAUUACAUAUAAAGCAAAAGCUUUGAAACCUACAAAUUAAUUUAAAAACAAAGUCAUAAAUUAGAGAUCACAAUAAAUGCAUCAUUAAAUGAUAUACUUU